AUGAGCGAGCGGCACUGGUGUCAUCCUUGCUCCUGGCCGGCGCUCGAUGAGCCACUCGCCGCUUCUACGUGGUGCCGCCUCCCCCGCGAAUUGCUGCUCCACAUUGUCGAGACUUCGAGCUGGCUCGUACCUGCUGGUACACUGUGCAACUGGAGCUUGGUGGGUCGAGCCUGGUAUCGGCACACCGUCGUGCCUCUGUACGCCUGCGUAGCCCUGUCGCCCCAUGACGAUGAUGCAGUGGGCGCCUGGCGCAUCGAGAGAUUCUGCGACACCAUCUCGCGCAACAAGCAGCUGGCCAGCUUGGUCAAGGCGCUCGAUUUUGCCGUAAGUCGACAGGAGCACGGCAUCGCCAACCAGGACCACUACCUUGCCAUCCUGACGCACUGCCGCAAUCUUAUCUACCUGCGAAACCUGCAACGACAUCGAGCGCCAGAGGAUACCUAUCUGCCCUCGGUGCCGUCGGGAGCCCUGUCACGGCUACGCUGGCACGAUGCAGAUCUACGCGCAUUUGAAGAGCUUGUCGAAACCGUCUUCAAGCCGUUGCACUUUCGCAGCAAUCGGGAUGCGCGUGGCAUUGAGCGGUCCGACAUGAUCGCGCUCGACGCGCGCUCCGCCAGUCGUAUGCUCUACGACAUCCGACUCCUUGCGCGUCUACCCAGGGUGGACAAACUGCCUAAAGGCUUCUUCCGCAGAAUGCUGACCAACCAACUGCCUCGUCAAAGGCUCAUGUCAGUACGGUGCAGCAAGCAGUACCAGAACGACCGCGUAGGAGUGCACAUCGGAAGAGGCGUGCUGCAAGUCGUGGCCCGUCUGCUCCCGCAGCUCGAACUCAUCGAGAUGUACCUGGCGGACCGCGACUGGUACACGGGUGCUCCUGCGCACUUUGUGUCCAAGGCGAGCGCUACAGGACUGCCGUGCUUGUAUCCUCGUACGUUCUGGCAGGACAUGAUCAGUAAGAUCGUAGGCUUGGCGCCGCUUCCGUUCGCUGUGGCCGUGUAUCAUGUCUGUUCCAACGAAGUGGGCGACGCACCUGGAUUCGACAUAGGCGGAGAAUACGACGUCUUCAGCACGGAUCAAGCGCAAGAUUCGUCUGGCACAGAAUAUCCCUAUACGGCCGAGGAGGAUGACCUCUCGCGCCGCAACACGACGGGCGCCGGUUGGCAGGAGCCCUUCAUCAUGCUGCCAAACUCGACGUACAUCGUGCCCAUCAAGCUCAAGGGCGGGUACCGUUCCUUGCCGUUCUCGACAUACAAGAAGGAUGACAAGCCUGCGUGGGACGUGCUCGUUCAUCCUCCUCCUGAGCUCAUGCCCGACCAAGCAAAGAUGGAGGAUGCGCAGGAAGAGUGGGAUGUCGAAUCGAUGCUCGGUGCCAGUCGACCGCGACUGUCACCCAUGCACCCUCUUGUGCCACGCCGCGGCUCCUUGGACUGGCUGCGUCUCGUCAGCCGCAACCUCGAAUUCGAAAAGCACGACUUGUGCCUUUGA